AUGGGUCGAAAAGGGCAGGAGCUUGGGACGGAGGCGAAAAAUAUCAUUAGGCCUAUAGAUUUGAUUCAGAGUGGUCUUUCCCGUCACAAGGUGAGUGAGAUGUUGAAAAUUCCAAAGUCAACAGUUAUCGAUGUCGCAAGAAAGUUUUUUGCCACAGGGUCAGUGGAAAACAAACCAAGAAGUGGGCGGCCGGCGAAAAUGAAAGAAAUGGAUUACCGUGGUUUAGAAAGGCUAGUGAAAACGCAUCGUCGAGAGUCCUUAAGUGAUAUCACAUUAAAAUUUAAUGAAGGCAGGACUGAGAGUGAAACUGUAAGUAAGCGGACUAUUCAGCGCCAUUUGAAGAAUCAUGAAUAUAGAAGAUGCGUAAGUAAGAAGAAACUUGUUGUGAAGGAGGUUAACCGACGAAAGAGACUGGCAUGGUGCAGAGAGAAAAGGCGGUGGACAGUUCAGAGUAACUGGAAUAAAGUGAUAUUCUCAGACGAGAUCAAUAUAAUGACUGGACAUGACCAGCGGGUUCAUAUUUGGCGCAAGAGAAAUGAAGGUUGGCGACCCGAUCUUGUGCAACCCCGACCAUCGCAACCCAGGUAUGAAGUAAUGAUAUGGGGGUGUAUUUCUUAG